AUGAAAGAAAACUGUGAAAAAACACUAAAAAUGACUCAUCGUUUGAGUAGCAAAAUUUUCAAGAGAAAAGUAGCUACUUAAUUAAUAUCAUUCUCAGAUGCCCAAGAAUUGAGAUGUUAUAAAACAAAGCUUGCACAGAGGAUACUUUAAGAUGUGGGCAAUAAUUCUUUUAGGAAUUGA